AUGCCGGCGUCCAGCUCUAACACCCCGACCACCAACGGUCGCUCCAACCGCGCCGGAGCUUCCAAGAACAUCGUCGUCCUGAGACUGAACCCGGACCUGCUCAGUCAGUUCGCUACGCCUCCCCCAGAAGGCAAGGAUAAGAAGAAAAACACCCCUACCGUCAAGAAAGACGACCCUGUCGCAGAGUCACCGGCCAAGAAGGAGGAACCCUCCUCGCCGGCCUCCUCUGCGGACCCUCAAGUUCCUCCCUCGUCGGUGGACAAUGCCUCGGAUGCGGCCUCCACUCCUGCGGCCGGCACCUCGGCGGCGGAUACGCCUCGCCGGAAGGGCGUGCCUGGUCCCAAGCCGGGUGCGAAGAGAGGCCUGAACCAGGGUGAAUCCUACUCGAGGUCACGAGGCAAGCCGGGCCCCAAGAAGAAGCCCAGACUUGAUGACGGAACUGGCGACGCCGCCAAACUCGUGAGCUCUCACCGACUCGGCCCCAAGGCCAACACCGGUGCCAUCAAUGCCGGCUUGCGUGCCCUCGACCGCUCGGGGGCUCCUUGUCGCAAAUGGGAGCGGAAGCCUCUGCAGUUGAAGAGCUUCACCGGAGUGAUGUGGCAGCUCCCAGCGUGGCGGUCCCCCAAGCCCCCUCAGGCUGAGGAGAACGGAGAGACCAAAUCUGGCGUUCUCGAAACGGGCGACAGCGACAGCAAGGCCAACCAGAGCGCCAGUGGCGUCCCCAGCGAAAAGAGCAAUUCGGGUGAGGGAGAUCUCACCCCGGCGCCGCCCAACAUCACCGAGGCCUCGUCCCCUGCCAUCGCCAUGACCGCAUAG